AUGAGCUUGUCUCUCAUUCAAGGUUAUUCGUCUGCUGAAGAAGAUGAAUCUCAUCAACCUCCCAUCCACGAUUCCGACUCCGACGAGCAAGAAUACGCCAAUGAAAACGCAGGCGAGCCGUCCGCCGCGGCCCAUCCAUCUUUGGGGGAUAGAUCCAUCUUCGACCACCUUCCCCCACCCCCUUCCGCUUCUGGUCUUCCUUCUGCAUUCGACGCUUUCUCCGAAAUUCCAGGACCACCUCAAUUCCUCAACAAUAGCGUGGAUGAGUUCAAUCCAGCACAAGAGGCUGAUCAACGAGGUUCAAGGAGGCAUCGCAGGGAGAAGAAGGAUUUACCCACAGGUGCUGUAGUAGAGGCAAAAGCUCAACUAGUUGGGAUUCAUGAACGAGUAAGAAGUGACAUCAAUGGUGGUCAACCAGCAACACCAGCUGCCUUGAGCACAUCAGAAGUUGUUAAGCGGGUGCCAACUGCAACAAAUCCUAAUGCUGAAGAUGCUGCAGAGCUUUUGAGAAUGUGCUUGCAGUGUGGAAUUCCCAAGACCUACUCCAGUGCUCGUGGAAUGGUCUGCCCUGUAUGUGGUGAUCGCCCUCCGCCGGAUCCAAAUGCAGAGUCCAAGAAAAAAGGAUCAACUAUUAAAGAUAAGGAAAAAUCUAAGAGGAUGAGGGGUCAAUCAUCUCAUGCAAGUUGGAAAAGUGAAACAGAGAUGCAGUUAAGACAACAUUUUGAUUAG